AUGGAUCCUUUCAGCAUUGCCAGCCUGACCAUCUCAGUUCUAGACCAAUUAUGGAGAUUGGGAGAAACAACCGCGGAACUGGUUGCAAACUACAGAGACUUCGAUGAGGCGAGUCCUGUCCAAACAGUGCGUCAACAAAGGCCGGCUAACAUUCGACAGGAUAGCAGGGUUUUGGAGUCCAAGGUCAAGGACGAAAAUAACAGGACCAGAGCGUUGAAUAUGCUCUUGUUUGAGCCAUCAACCACUUACGGCGGAAAGUCAUUAUUCGAGCAGUUCGACGCCGAUGUCCAAGACCAGAUACAUAUCCUCCUCGAAGAGGCAGUGCUUGUCUUGGACCAAGCAUACCAACUCCUAUACCGACGGCAACAGGCGGCAGCAGACAGCAAAAUUGUCAAGGUACCAGAGCAACCAUCCAGCUCAACGCCAUCCAACAAAAUUUUCUCCAGCUUCAGAUUCAUGCUGAAGCCCCCGGGGCCCUCCAGUUCCACUUCCCUGACGUCUAAUGAUGAGUCAUCUAAGUAUCUCAGACCGUUGCAACGGCUGCGGUGGUCGCUUCUCGAUAAGAAGCGGCUCGAGUCCAUUAUCAGAGAGUUUGGCGAGCUAAACAGCCGGGUACACGAAAGCAUCAAGCUCUUGUGUCUUGGGACUUCGAUAGGUGUCGAUUUGCAGCAUCUUCAACGGCUUGAAAACGACCGCAAUUCUCAGAUCCUGGGCUUCAACAUUGAUGCCAAACUCCAGAUGGCGGCAUCGCAGGUUCAAGAGAUGCCCGAAAGCCUCGAAAUCAGAGAUGUCAAUCUACGUCAGCAGCUCGAGAAUGUGAAGAGAGUCGAGGAUCGAUUUGGGAUCCUGGAGUGGGAAGGCAAACCGAUGCUCGUGGAAUAUCGUGCUUACCAGGAAGGGUCGCCUGUUUCUGUCGAGAUGAGCAGCAGGACUCGCCAUCUUGUGGAUAAUUUGGCUAACCUAUUGCACCAACCCAAGGAAAUCGUCUUCCGAACGCCAUGCUGCACGGGCUGGGUCUCCCAAACGCAGCACAACCGCGUGGCCUUUAUGUUUGCCAUUCCUGAUGCGGUCGAACCGGCUCCUGUGAGCUUGCUGGGUCUCUUGUCCAGCGAGGAUCCGCCCCCGACACUCGGCCAGAAGUUCUGGCUUGCAGCCAAGCUCUCUAGGUGUAUUUCUCAACUGCAGCUUGUAAAAUGGGUCCACGAGAGUUUCAGAAGCGAAAACAUCGUUUUCUUUCCAAAGCAUGAGAAGAGCACUACACUCGUGCCUCGAAUCGAUUUGGCAGAGCCCUGGGUUUUAGGCUUUGAAUUCAGUCGCCCCGAGCAGUACUUUUCUGCAGGACUUGAAGACAAAUGCCUAGCCCGGGAUGUCUACCGCCAUCCGGACCGCCAGCAGAGUCCCACGCAGCCUUUUAUUAAGCUACAUGACAUCUACGCUUUAGGCGUUGUCCUUCUUGAGAUAGGCCUCUGGCAGCCAGCCUUGACUCUCGAGAAGUCUGGGUUUGCUCGGGUAAAGCCAAACGCGAUUACAAAAGUUCUCAUCCGUCAUGCAGAAAAGCGGCUGGGGGCGAAGAUGGGCGAAAAGUACCAAGCCGUCGUUCUUACUUGCUUGAGAAGCGAGUUCCAAUGUUAUAAUGAUACAAAAGAAGAUAUAAAACUGCAGCAAGCCUUUCGAGCACAGGUUGUUGAUGUUUUGGAAAAGAUUGCACUCUGUAUGUAA